AUGGAAGAAGGAAGUGAACACGUAAAGAAAAAAGAAAAAAAAAUUAAAAAAAGUCAGAAGCCUCUGGUUGUAAGUAACAGAAAGCCAUUCAAUGUUUUUUCUGAGAAGAAGAAAACAGCCAAACCGAUAGCCCGAGAUCCAAGAUUUUCAAACUUUUCAGGUACAUUUAACCCGAAUUUUUUCAAAAAGGCAUAUAAAUUUAUAUACGAAAGGAGAGAAGAAGAAAAGAAAUUAAUUGAAGAUAAGCUUAAAAGUAAAAAUUUAACAAAGGAAGAAAAGGAAGAAUUAAAAAAAAAAUUUCAUACUUAUAAGAAUACAGAACGAUUGUUACAAAAGAAAGAAGAAGAAAGAAAAUUAAAACAAGAGCUUGUUCGAGAGGAAAAAAAAAAUAUCUUAUGUAAAAAUAAAAAGCCCUUUUAUUAUAGUGAUAGAAAAAUUAAAAAGAUGGUACAUGAGCAAAUGGAAAAUAAAAGUAGUGUUAAAAAGGUUGUUAAGAAGGAGAAAAAAGUUGUUCAAAAAGAGAGAAAAAGAAACAUGAUCCCCACGAGAAGAGAACCCGGUGGAAGCCAGAGCGGGUGA